UACAACCUCGCCCUCCGCGACUUUGACGACGCCCUCCUCUACCUCCGCAGCAACGGCGACAUCAACUACGAGCAGCUCGGCCUUAAGUUCAAGCUCUACUCCGCAGAGGUCCUUUUUAACAAGGGCCCCACCAAAAUAUACGUCGGCCAGGUCGACGAGGGCUUCCGCGAGCACCAGCAGAGCACAAUGCCAUCGACCAUGCCAUCACCGCGUGCGUUCACCUGUCCUUCCCCCGUCGGCGUGCUCUACCGCCCCGCUGAGAAGAAGCUCAAGAACGCAAAAAAGGACUACAUGGGCAAGGCGAAACUCGUCGCCGCCGAAGACGCGUCGCAAGCGUUCACAGAGCUCACGGGUGUCGCGCGCAUGAAGCAGUCGUUGGGCCUAACCCCCGACGCCGUCAGCCCGCUCACUCGUUCCGCAACCUUGACCAACCCCAUCCCACCUCCGAGUGCGUCUCACCUCUCAUUCACCGUCGACAAAGCUGACAGUGUUGUGAUCCACAGAGACGGACGACGAAUUCCGCGCCCCGCCCCUCCAGCGGUCCAUAACGACCAUCGACGUCUCCGUCCCCCCUCCCCCCCCCGCACCGGGCCCGCCUCGGCCCCAACGCCGCGCGCAGGCUCGCCGUUCAACAACCCGCCCGCGUCCGCCGCGCCGCUCGGCCUCUCCAACUCGUCCGCAGGGCGCAUGGGCGGGGGCGCAGGCAUGGGCCCGACGCACGGGCUGAGCAUCCGCAAGCCAGGGAUGCAGUCGCCCGGCCCGACGAGCGCGCCCGCGCAGGGCGGGGUGCGCACGACGGAGAUCUACGACAGCUACCUGGACGGGUACGCUGCCGCCCGUGCCGGAGAU